GUCCCAAAUCCACGACUCAAAGGCUCGCUAAGGCAUAGCUGUAGGUCUCUCACCAUUUUAAAGCCUUAAAGCAGGAUAGUCAGUUAGUAAGAAAUUGAGUAGAAACGACUCUUCCUUUUGUCUUCUUUAUACCAUAGCGACCAUCUAAGCAGCAAAUUCAAUCUGCUUUUCAAGGUAUAAAAGUACUCAAACAUUCAAGUAGACCACAGGAGUAAAGAAAGCUAAAUUGGCUUUCUAUAAACGUAAAUAGGAUCAUUCAAUGCUUUUCUGUAUCCAAGAUAUGCAAAACAAAGCAGCUGAUAUAAGAUGCGUAAAUCCCGUUCGCAUUUCCUUCUCUUUUUUUUUUCUUUUAUUUAUGGCAAAGAGAGAUACACAAGCUAGUGAGAACCCAGUUGAUAAGAAACGCGUUAAAAAAUCUAAAGACCAAGAACGCACCGAAAAGACAAGAGUUAUACCUCAUGAACAACAUAAGAUAAUAGACCAAGAAGAUCAAGAGCAACAAAGUCAAAAGAAAGGAUCUCAACAAAGCAAUGACCCAAAGAAUGCUCGUUUACUUACGUUAGAGAGCUUAUUUCCUUUAACAUUAUCACCAUCGGACAUCGAGUUAGAUCCCACUAUGGUUGCUUCCGAUGAUAGUGCCUAUGUCUAUAAGGGAAAAUACAGGCAAUUGGGUAUUCUUUGCACAUGUAUUAAACCUCAAGAAGAAACAAGAGCUCAGUAUGAAUGGGCCAUGUCCCAAAUGCUGAGUGCUUGUCGUAACAUGGAAACCUAUAUUGGUAGAUUCAAAUCAACGGCAGAACAUAUGCGUAUCAAGUUACCUGAAGGUUCAAAAAAGGCUACCUGUUGGUUCUUUGUAAAGCGAUCUUACCAAACAUUAGAGGAAUACAUGGCUUUACAGAAAUCCAAAAAGAUUGUCUUGGAGCCACUUUAUUUUAUACAAAUGGCCAUUACACUUUUUUCAAUAUUAGUGGAUGCACAUGCACUCAAUAUUGGACUUGUAAAUAUUUCACCCAAGAGUAUUUGUGUUGGAACAGAUGGUGGGCUCUAUUUUGGUGAAUUCAAGUCUUGUGUCUUAUUAGAUGAGCCAAAGCCUUUACGGGACAAAGGUUGGAUUCGUAUACCUGCUCAACAUACACCAGAUGUAAAGAUAAUCAAAAGAGGAGACUAUAAAAAGGAGUCAGACAUGAUUUAUACAGUUCAAUUACUGAAAUACAUUAUAAACGAAAACACCUGUAAUGAUCAAAACCUCAAGAACUUCUACAAGAAACUUGGCUCUGUACUCUCAUUAGGAUUACGCAAAAGUACACAUAGUAGAACAAAAGCAGAAUCCAUGUUGAAAUAUUUUGAGAAUCUUCGACAUGAUGCAUUGAAUGUCAACGAUGAUGAAGAUGAUUGAAUGUGACUAUUUUUUUUUUUUCUUUUCGGCCUAUGUAAAUACGCUCAAGGGUACAC